GUAGGAAUGGAGGGGAAAAAACUGAUUUCUGCAACAGACACACAGUACUCUAGUGUGCUUCUUCAGUCUUUGAACGAACAACGUGACCAUGGACUUUUUUGUGAUGUUACUGUUAUUGUGGAGGACCAGAAAUUUCGAGCUCACAGGAACAUCCUUUCGGCCUCAAGCACUUAUUUUCACCAGCUUUUCUUGGUGGCUGGGCAAGUGGUUGAACUGAGCUUUGUAAGAGCAGAAAUUUUUGCAGAAAUUCUUAACUACAUUUAUAGUUCCAAAAUAAUUAGCAUUCGAUCCGAUUUACUUGAUGAACUGAUUAAAUCAGGGCAACAGCUAGGUGUUAAAUUCAUAGCUGAUCUCGGUAUACCUCUGUCUGAUGGAAAAAAUGUGCCAAGUGAGGUCAAAGAUGGUGCCUCAGAAACUUCAACUUCUGGUCCAGGUCAAAGGGAUGCUGAAACGCAAGUACCUGUAAUAAGGCCAGAGAGUCAUGAGGCAACAGAUGGGAUGCCAGUUAUAACACAGUCGUUCUCCUUACAUGGCAUAGAAUAUGAGACUACAAAAAUUACAGUGAGUGAUUCAGAUGAUGAGGAUGAUGAUGUUAUUUUUUGCUCUGAGAUUGUUCCUCCAAAAGAAUGUACUAAAGAUACAAUUGCUGCAACCCAGAACCAGCCUUGCCCAAGUUCAGCUGGAGUUUCUGACCAAAACUCAUGUGGCAGUGGUGGCUCUCCCUGUUUGACAAGCACCACAGCAUCUCAGAAACUCUCUUUGUCUACUAGUCAGCUAAGCCCAAACCAAACACAUUCUGGUGCCGAAUCACGUGUUCCUGCAACACCACACCAUUUGACUCCUAAUAUCAUUGUGCUAAAUAAACCUUUGCUUAACUCAUCGCUCAGUGCCAGCUCCUCACACCAAGCAAAUGUCACACCUACAAUUAAUUUACUCGAGGAGAACCAGCAGCCAUCUAAUAAUCGCUCUUUAGCUGAAGCGGAAACAACAACUGUUGAUGAUGACGUUGUUGAAGAUGAUGUCGAUAUCAUUAGCUCCUCUAGUCCUGGAUCGGUCAGCAGUAGCUCUUUGGGUCAGCAACCAUCUAUACCCAAGGCAGCAACGACUGAGGGAUCAGGUGUACAGAAAAAACAGCUUGUUUCACUGUCAGAAGAACCACUUUCUAAAGCUGGAGAAUUUAAAAUAAAAAUCUCAGAUGUCCUUGCUGGAAACAAUGAGGAAUUGAGUGUAGCAUCAAAGCAGGUGGCAGAAGGGCAGAAAAUCAUAACGUUAGAUACAGCCACUGAAAUAGGAGGCUUAUCCACAGGCUGUAAGGUUUAUGCAAAUAUCGGUGAGGAUACGUAUGACGUUGUCAUUCCUGUGAAGGGCGGUUCUGGGGAAGGUGAAGCCAAGGCUGAUGAAACACCUAAAACAUCUGGUGGUGGUGAUUCUCCAAACAAGAAACGCAUGAAAGUAAAGCAUGAUGACCAUUAUGAGCUGAUAGUGGAUGGAAGAGUCUACUACAUCUGUAUUGUGUGUAAAAGGUCAUAUGCGUGCCUGACGAGUUUACGGAGACACUUUAACAUGCACUCCUGGGAGAAGAAGUAUCCCUGCCGGUACUGCGACAAAGUUUUUGCUCUUGCAGAAUACCGUACCAAGCAUGAAAUUCACCACACCGGUGAGCGAAGGUACCAGUGCUUGACCUGUGGCAAAAGCUUCAUUAACUACCAAAUUACGGCCUCCCACAUAAGAUCAGUUCAUAGCCAAGAACCUUCUGGUGACACCAAGCUUUACCGACUGCACCCAUGCAAGUCUCUGCAGAUCAGACAGUACACAUACAUCAGCAAUCGCUCCAGCGGCAUACCAGGAAUGAACAACGGCGGCAUCGUUUAUCGUGUUGGCACAGGGAAGGAUGGCACUGAAGGAACAACAUCUAACUCUCCAGAUAUUAGCUGGGAUGACAUUUUUGUUCCACAUGGAAACGAGGCAAUGUUUAAACAAAAUCCAUCAGAGGGGAGUUCUGAAUUUGAGUUUGUAAUACCAGAAUCCUACUGAAACGCAUUAAGUACUGGGAAAAGCAUUCAGUGCAGAAAUACUGUGGCUGUUUUAAAUGAACUGUUAAUAUCACUGUAAAAUCAAAUGUUAAAGUGAAGACAAGUUAACUUGUUCUACCAAAACAUCAAAUGGAAGCUCUUAGAUGCAUUAUUAGUAGCUGCAAGCAAUUUGUGAAAGUGAAUCAUCUGAAGGUUUACUUGAAUACAGAGCAAGAUAUUUCUAAAGAGAAAUUUCUGGUAUAUUAAUUUUGAUCAAAAUGUGAGGAUUUGUAGCUUGAAAAGGUACAAUUUCUUCUGAAGAGUUAGAACUCUUGCAAAGUAAUUGAGGUAUUUCCUGUACCCAUACUUAGUAUGUAAACCCUUUAUUUCGUGUUAACACUUAAAAUGCUAAAUCCUGUUUAGACAUUAACAAAGCAAACAGAUGUUUUUCAUGAUAGUCUCUUGAAUAUGGAACCAUUUAAAAAACAAACAAAAAAUCCCACAACUCAUCUAUUUUUGUGAGCAAUGCAUUACUGCUGCUGUCCAAAAUAACUGAUCUGGUAGUUUUGAGUAGUGUGUUUUUGAACUAGCAUCUUGGUUCUGCUUUUUUAAGCACUAUUAUCUGUCUUCAUGCAAAUAGUUUUGCUAACAAGAUAGUUAGAGCUAAGUGGAACAACCUUUAUUUAUACUUGACAGAAUGGUGAGCAGAGCAUUCAGUGUCUGGAUUGUUACAUUAUAUUUUUUUGCAAUGGGAAAAAUCAAAACCCACAAAGUUCAGUAGCAGAGAAGCUUAGAACACGAAUGAAGGAAAGAGAUUUUUUUUUUUCUUUUCAAAGCAUAAGGAAUAAUGUUAGGUUUUCUAACUACUGGAAAAGAUGCCAUUAAUUCAUUUACAAGGGCUUCAGUCUGAUACUUUAAAAAAGUAAUACUUAGAAUAAAAGUUGUUUGUUUUGUCUUUUUUUAGCUGAAGGCUUUUCUGAAAAUUAUAAAAUAAAUGCUGGAUCAGUUUGGUACUGAGACUGCUGAGGAUGUGGUAUACCCUGUUUGGCUAGAUCUUGGAAGUGAAAUGGGGAUUUGGAUUUUUUUUCAAUUCCCAUUUAUAGUUUAUGGAAGCAUGGGGACUAAACCAAAAAUCAAAAAGUAAAUUCUGCCCACCGUAACACAAAGUGUAAUUUCUCUGCGGUUGUCUAGUUGUCAUCUGUUUUCAGUUUGGGGUUUAUUAUAUUGUUCUUAUGUUUCUCCUUGCAAUUGGCACAUGUUUAGGCACUCAAAUGAAAUAUCCAACUUGAAAACAAGCAGCUGUUUACUGGAGUCAUAGCUUAGCAUUU